CGCAACUCAACUCCAAUUCCGUCUGAACUUCUAUUUAUUUGAACCUAUUUAUAAAUGGAUCAUUCAUUAAUUGCUUCAUUUAAUUUGUUAUCGUUUUUAAAUAAGAAGAAUGAGCUUGAUUUCUAUGUCGAGUUGUCUCACAGUCGCUCGACUCUCCAGCGUUCACUCGGCUUCCCAUCGUCAGUUCCCCUGCACCGUAGUAGCGGCAAGAUCAACGUUUCUUUCUAGGCAGCGACGUUGCAGUUUCUCUAGCGAUUCGGCGGCUCUCGCUCCUAACGGCGCCGGGAUCACCAACUCCUUUCCGCCAAGGAGUGGAAUGUACACAGUUGGUGACUUUAUGACAAGAAAGGAGGAUUUACAUAUUGUGAAGACUACCACAACAGUUGAUGAAGCACUUGAGGGUCUUGCUGAGAAGAGAAUAACUGGUUUUCCUGUGAUAGAUGACGACUGGAAACUGGUUGGUGUUGUUUCAGAUUAUGACGUGUUAGCAAUCGACUACAUAUCAGGUUUCUAUCAAAAUGAUGCAAACCUGUUUCCUAAUGUCAACAGUUCUUGGAAAACAUUCAAAAUGAUACAGAGACUGCUUAGUAAGACUAAUGGAAAAGUUGUUGGUGACUUGAUGACACCUACCCCAAUCGUUGUUUAUGAAAACACCAAAUUAGAAGAUGCUGCUAGGUUGUUUCUAGAAACAAAAUACCAUAGACUGCCAGUAGUAGAUGGUGAUGGCAAGCUGGUUGGAAUUAUCACGAGGGGACAUGUUGUAAGAGCUGCUGUGCUGAUAAAACGUUCAGGUGAAAGGUGGACAAGAUUAUCAAAUCGCCUGUAAGACCUUGAUGUUGCCAUUCUUUUACCCACAUCUGGUAUGCAUUCCAUUCUAGAUUUAACUUUACUGGUUUACGCAUAGUGCUGGGGUAGUUUUCAUUGUCCUAGAUUAUACAAUUUGCCAUGGUUUAACAACUGAGGCUACCAGGUACCAGGUCUCUUGCCCGCCUGAUC